GUGUCAACACUGUCAAUGUCAAACGUUAAAUCAAAACUUUUUCACAUGUUCAAAAUCCGAUUCAAACUAAAUAAACGUGUGAUAUUUUGAAGUUCUUCAAUAUUUAGAAAGAAAGUUUGUAAGAAAUGUCUUCGUCUUUUUUCCUGAAGGGUAAAUCCAGGCAAGUUCAUAAACGAAAGGGCGAGAAAAUCAAGAAGAAGCCAGUCAAGAAACCAAAUUCUAACCUCGAAAAUGGCCAAGAUUCAUCGGAAAGUGACUUGGAUUUGAAGAAAUUCUCUGAUGCCGAAGAGUCAGAGAGCGACCAUGAAACCGCGGAAGAAAAGAAGCUACGGUUAGCAAAAAAAUAUUUAGAAGAAAUAGAAAAAGAGGAAGCUAAACGCGCGGAACUAAAAGAGAUAGACGACGAUGCUAUCGGUAAACGUUUACAAAAGGAUUACCUGGAACAGAAAGGUAAACUGCGGGUGGAGGUCGCCGACACGUACUCGGCGCCCGCCGCUGACGACGUGCGGCUGGUGCGCGUGCGGGAGCACCGGCUGCCGCUGACCUGCGUGUGCGUCAGCAGCGACGGCCGGCUCGUGUUCACCGGCAGCAAGUGCGCCUCCAUCAUCAAGUGGAGCGUCGCGGAGAAGAGAAAACUCGCCACUAUUACAUACAAAACACAUGCCCAAUAUGUGAAGGGAACAAUAACAGCUAUAGCAAUAUCAACGGACUCCAAGUUCCUCGCUACUUCAGAUGAAUCUUCUGACAUUCAAAUAUGGGAUCCACACACUUUAAAACAUGUACACACAUUCAGAGGACAUAAGGACUCAGUCACUGGUCUAGUUUUUAGAAAGAAUACCCAUGAUAUGUACUCUGCCAGCAAAGAUCGCUCUGUCAAGAUAUGGUCACUGGAUGAGAUGGCUUAUGUAGAAACAUUGUUUGGUCACCAGUCUCCAGUCACAGCUGUAGAUGCUCUGACAAGGGAGAGGGUGAUCACAGCUGGAGGCCGAGACACAACAGUGAGAGUGUGGAAGAUAGUAGAAGAGUCACAUCUUAUAUUCAACGGACCAGUGGGUAGUCUGGAUGAAGUGAAACUGUUAGAUGAGGAACACUUUGUAUCAGGGAGUGACAAUGGGUCCCUCAGUAUUUGGAGUUUAAUGAAGAAGAAGCCUCUAUGCACUGUUCCAGAGGCUCACGGAGUUGAGCAUGAUGUCCCCCGGUGGAUCACCAGUAUUGCUACACUGCUAAACUCUGAUGUGUUUGCUUCAGGUUCUUAUGAUAACAGUGUGAGACUAUGGAAAGUAUGUGAAGCGUAUAGAAAGAUAGUUCCAAUGUUUAGUAUUGAAGUGAAUGGAUUUGUGAAUGGGCUGCAGUUCACAAGUGAUGGCCGACAGCUGUACUGCGCUGUGGGGCAGGAGCACAAGGCCGGGCGCUGGUGGAGACUGACGAGUGCCAAGAAUGGUGUUGUAAUUGUAAACUUCCAUGUUAAUAAUGUAGAUUUAUAGCAUUAAUACAUAUUUUGUUAUAAUGA